AUGAAGCCCGUCGGUCGGUUUUACUACGACAUCAUCUCGCCGUUCGCGCACCUCUUUUUGAAGAUGCGCGCUCCGUUGGAGAAGAAGAUGUCUCUCACGCCGGUUCCCAUAUUCCUGCCUGGUUUGCUGCGGUCCCAGAAAAACAUCGGUCCGGCCGAAGUGGACGUCAAACGGGCAUACUCGUACGCAAGCGCGGUGUGGAGAGCCAACAAGUUGGGCAUCCCCCUGAAAUUCCCACCUCGCCACCCGUUCGCCCCAGUCGCCGCACAGCGUCUGCUCCUGUCCUUGAAUGCCGAUAUGGACACCGUAGAACGCGCCUUUGAGUUUGUCUGGGCGCAAGGUAACGAUCCUGACGCUCAAUGGGGCGACUUUUGUGCUGCCCUGGGUUUACCUCGAACGACGCUCAAGCCUCAAGACGAAACCAUCAAGCAAGCUCUGAUUCAAAACACGACGGACGCUGCCGCCGCCGGAGUGUUUGGCGUGCCAACUGUCGAAGUGGAUGGACAUGUUUUCUGGGGCUGUGACCAUAUCGAUUGGCUUCACGAUUACCUUGACAAUCCAGACAUGUUCACAGACCCUGCUUAUAGCCGUACGCUGGCCACCGAAAACCCUCUCAAGAAGUCCAACCCUUGA